AUGAGUGCACUCUUGAGACCGGGGUUGCGGUCAGGGCGUGCGGUUGCUCGCACAGGAGUUUUGAUGUUACGGUUUCAUUCGUAUGCCAGGCCCUCUUCGAUGCCCUUUCAGUUUCGAGUGCUGAACACUUUCAAUUUUAGUUCCAGGAGGUUCAUAUCUAUCCUUCCGAAUAUAUUAGGGAAAGCUAUCAAGAUGCCUGCCUACAUUGGAGGUGGAAUGGCGGCGGCGGGUAGCUACAUAGCGUAUCGGAUGGAGAAGGCAGGAUCGUUUGCCCAAGGGAAAUGGGGAGAACUUAAAGAUUUUACUGAGAAUCUGCGAGACCGAUUUGGGGAGAUGUUUUCAGUGAAUGAGCCUGGCGAGGGCGAUAAUCCGAACAGCAACAAUGAUAGCGAUAGCGCUGCAACUGCAUCUUUACUUGCUUCUUUGCAAGGUGACGACGAGACGACCCAUAAAAACGACGAGGAUGAUGAUGAAGACGAAGACGAUAAUGAAGAGGAUCGUACACAGGACGAGAUGUUAAAUUUGACUAAGCAGAUGAUCGAGAUAAGAUCGAUAUUAAGCAAGAUAGACUCAACGUCUGCGCAUUUAACUUUGCCCUCUAUUGUCGUGAUAGGGUCCCAGUCUUCUGGGAAAUCGUCUGUGUUGGAGUCUAUUGUUGGCAAGGAGUUCUUGCCCAAGGGUAAUAACAUGGUGACUAGAAGACCGAUUGAACUGACGCUCGUGAAUACUCCCAAUUCUACCGACGUUUCUGCUGACUUUCCCAGUUUGAGAAUAUACAACGUGAAGGAUUUCAAAGAAGUCAAACGAAUCCUGUUGGAGCUUAAUAUGGCUGUGCCAUCAACAGAAGCCAUCUCUGAGGAUCCCAUCCAGCUGACUAUCAAGUCCUCACGUGUGCCAGACCUUUCGUUGGUUGACUUGCCAGGCUAUAUCCAGGUUGAAGCAGCUGAUCAGCCAUUCGAGUUGAAGAAGAAGAUUCGACAACUGUGUGAUAGAUACUUAUCGGAACCAAACAUCAUCUUGGCGAUUUCGGCGGCAGAUGUGGAUUUAGCCAAUAGUGCCGCUCUUCGAGCAGCCAAGACUGCCGAUCCUCAGGGACUGAGGACCAUUGGUGUCAUUACUAAGCUAGAUCUAGUUCCUCCUGAAGUGGCACACGGUAUCCUUACAAACAAGAAAUACCCACUCAAGAUGGGUUACGUAGGGGUUAUCACAAAAUCCCCAGGAUUGCCCAAAACUCACAUGGGACUCUUUGGAAGCAGGCAAGUAGAGAGACCGGCUGAUCACGGUCAAGUAGGGAAAACAGUCGAGCCGCAGCAGCUUGCCACUCGCCAAUUUGAGAAGGAUUAUUUCAAGGAGAACAAGGAGUUUUUCUCAAGUUGCGAAGUAUCAACCAAGAGACUUCGAGAAAAACUGAUCAAAAUUCUUGAAAUAUCGAUGUCAAAUGCUUUGGAGCCUACAUCGAUGCUCAUUCAACAAGAGCUAGAUGACACUUCUUAUCUAUUCAAGGUUGAGUUUAAUGAUCGUCAAUUGACGCCCAAAUCAUAUCUUCUCAACAACAUUGAUGUGCUCAAGUUGGCUAUCAAAGAAUUUCAGGAGAAGUUUCACAGAAAUGAGCUGAAGUCUAUACUCAAAGCCGAUUUAGAUCAAAUCGUACUGGAUUUCCUGGCGACCAGGUAUUGGAAAGACGAUAGUUUAUCAGAAUUGUCCACCAAGAUGAAUAACGAUGAUGAAAUACUCUAUUGGCAUAAAAAGCUUGAGCUGGCUUCUUCUAGUCUGACGAAAAUUGGUGUGGGGAGACUAUCCACUAUGUUAGUGACUAAUGCAAUUUUGAGAGAACUGGAGAAUAUUCUCGGUGCUACGCAGCUGAAAAACCACGAUCUCAUAAAAGAGCUGGUAACGAACACUGCAGUCAACGUUCUAAAUGCCAAGUAUUACGCUACCGCGGAUCAAGUGGAGAACUGCAUCAAACCAUUCAAGUAUGAGAUAGACCUAGAUUCCAGAGAUUGGAACAUGGCUCGCGAACAUUCGAUAGCAUUGAUGAAAGAGGAAGUGAGGCAGUGUAACGAUAGGUUUCAGUCUAUAAAAAAUGCUAUUGGUGGGCGCAAACUGCAACAAGUGAUGGGAUAUUUGCAACAGGACCCAUCGAAGAAAGAGACCCUCGGGAUGUCUAAGAUUCUGCUGGAACGUGGGUCCGAAGCCCUCUUUCUGAACAAAAGGUUGCAAGUUCUGUCUUUCAGGCUGAAGUUUUUGAGAAACAAAUGCCACUCGGUAAAUGAGAAGGAUCAAUGUCCUGAAGUAUUUUUGAAUGCUGUAGCCGACAAAUUGACCUCCACAGCGGUACUAUUUCUGAAUGUCGAGCUACUCAGCGAUUUCUUCUACAACUUCCCCAUCGAGUUAGACAAGAAGCUGAAUGCGCUUUCAAGUGAACAGAUUGAAUUGUUUGCAAAGGAAGAUCCAAAGAUCGCUCGCCACAUAGAGCUGCAGAAGCGGAAGGAGCUUCUUGACCUUGCCCUUGAAAAGAUAGACUCAAUCUUGGUUUUCAAAAAGAGCUACAAGGGAGCUGCCAAGAAGCUGAAAAACUGA